GUAAUUCUUUUACCGUAAUCUUUAGAAUGGCGGCUUUUAUCAUGUUUACAUAGCAUGAGAGCUUCUGCUGAUAAAACACACAGAAAAAAAAAUCAGACAGUGUCAGUAGGCCUAGUUUGAUUGUGCAGCUGACUGAGAUAUGCUGUAUAGAAGACUUGUUACAUUUCGCCAUGCAGUGGGUAGCUCCCUCAGCCUGGUCAGAUGUAGUUCAGGGGGACAGUACAAGGAUGUCCAGCUGCCUGACUAUAACACCUCUGUAGAGGUGGAUAGUCACCGCCUCUCGCGCCCCCAAAAACCCCCACCCACCCUUCAGUGGGAGGGACUAAAGGACUUAGAAGAGAGAACUAAGGGUUCCCUCAUCCCUGAGACACUGAAAGAGAUGGAAGAGGAUGAAAACUUUAAACUAACAGCAGCUAAACUGAAGGAAAUGGGACAGAAGAAGAUGACACGAGAGGAACGAAAGCGCAGACAGAGAGCCCUGUCAAACCUUGAUAUUCCAAAUUUUGAAACUUUCUGGAAGGUUAAAAGGGCAGAAAAUGUAGAAGGGAUGGAAACAGAAAUAAAAGAUUCUCUAAGGAAAAAGACAAUAGAGAUCCUCCAAGCCAACAUAGGACUGUACUGUAAUCAGGCCUGUAAUCACUGCUUCGUGGAGUCGUCUCCAAAGAGGAAGGAGAUGAUGCUUCAACAAACGGCGGAGAGGUGUCUGCUUAUCCUCCAGAAUAGUCCCUCCAUCCACACCCUGGACCUCACAGGAGGUGCCCCAGAGCUGUGUGACCAGUUUAGAUUCCUUGUCCGUGGUGCCAAAGAACUGGGAAAGAAAAUCAUAGUGCGAAGUAAUCUGACAUCACACUUAGAACCAGGACAGGAAGACACAGCUGAGUUUAUGAGAGACCAUGCUGUGAACGUAGUCGCCUCCCUUCCCUGUUAUACAGCAAAGAAUGUCAACAUGCAACGAGGGAAAGGGGUGUUUGACCGGAGCAUUCAGGCACUCCGCAAAUUCAACUCGCUUGGAUACGCGGAAGAGUCAUCUGGUUUAAAGUUGGAUCUUGUUUAUAAUCCUUUGGGCGCCUUCUUGCCCCCACCCCAGGGACAACUAGCAGAAAAGUACCGAGAGGAACUCUGGAAUUACUUUGGUAUCCAGUUCAAUGAGCUGUUCACCAUUACCAACAUGCCAAUCAAAAGAUUUGCUGACUUUCUAUACAGGAGGAAUGAACUUGAGAGCUACAUGGAAUUGCUGGUGAGGAACUUCAACAUCCAUACUGUGGACAACAUAAUGUGUCGCAACCUGAUGAACGUCAACUGGAACGGAAAAAUUUAUGACUGUGACUUCAACCAGCAGCUGGAGAUGGAGAUCAGGAAGAAUGGCAGUCAAGAUCCCAUGACAGUGUAUGAGAUUUCGUCGGCCAAAGAGAUGGAGGGUAUGCACAUACAGACAGACAGUCACUGCUUCGGUUGCACUGCAGGGAUGGGCUCCAGCUGACAGGGAACUGUAGUGUAAAGGGCCGAGGCUCUUUAUACUUGACCAAGUACAGGCCUGGGACAUGACAUUAUUAUUUGAUAAAAUAAGGACUCAUCAUUCUGUUGUUCAAUGUCAAUUUCACACUUGACCUUCAUAUCAUAUCGAGUAAUGGUACUUCAGAGGGCUCCAUGGUCAUGGCCAUUUUUAGACUGUUUAAAGCAAUAUGAGCUGCAAUUUUCAUGCUGAAAUUUUUUGUUACAAAAAUGUUAUUUUCUUUUAAAAUUACAAAAGUGCCAUGGUUCUUAAAUUUGCAGCCUUAUUUUUGUGGGAAAAGCCGUUUAGAAGCCUAAAUUGAAGCAAAACCGAAUUAUUGUCGUCCUGUACAAAAAUUGAUCUGCUAUAUAUUCCUUAGAAGAGAAAUCUUUCUUCUGACAAAAAUUAAUGAUUUUUCCAAAUCUUAUUUAUCAUAAAAGUUUAUGUUACAUGCAGCCUUAUCAUACUAGCAGAUUUUUGCAGCAAAAUAAAAUUCUAAAAAAUACAGCUCAUAUUGCUUUAAAUCUCCUGAAAAGAAAAGCUCUGUAUAAAGAUGUAGGAAAAUGAUAAAUUUUUAAGCUAAAAUAUUUGGAUUUUUUCUGUAUUUAAUGUUGGUACAUGUAUAUGGCCCAAAAUAUCUUUAGUUUAAGUUUAAGGCAGAUCUGAUGGUAAAUUUGUUGUCCACUCAGCCUCUUUAAAUGUGUUCAUUUAUUUUAUUUUGCCCUGUUGUGAAAUCAAUGAUUUAUUAUUUUGGCAGGAAUCAUACUUUUUUUUAAAUCUUGUUAUACUGGUAAGUAUUGCUAGUCAAGUUUAUUGUAACAUAAAUACAUGUAUAUUUCAUUUGAAUUUUUACUUUAGUCCCAAUCUGAUGGUGCUUAAUUUUUGAAAUAACAAUAUAAAUCUAGUCUGUGACAUUCAGUCAAAAGAUUUGUUGGUUUCAAGACAACACAGUUGAUUUUUUAAAGUGUCCUCAAUUUUAUUCAUUCCAUCCAUAUGUGAACAAAUGUUCUUUGGAUACAUAUGGCUAUAUAUUAAUGAUCAGGCCUGUACAAGUUGUGUACACCUACCUUUAAUGGGAUGCAUAUGAUGAAGACUGCUGCAUCAGCCUGUGAAAGGUUGCAGCAGUCUGAUGGAAAUGUAUCCAGAAUUUAGGGGCAGGUACCGUACAAUGCAGCGUGAUUUUUUAAACUUUGUUUUUGUUUUUUCCUAUAUACAUUGUACAUACUUUGAUUUCAACAAUAUUCUAUGUCAUCAGUUUUCAUGGAUUUAGUAAACCUCACAGUUUUGAGUAGAUGUAGAUUUGUCGAUUUUAAUUCCGAUAAAAUCAUCUGUUGUCAAAGAUCUUAUAUUGAGGAGUUUUUUAUUUUACGGAUUGUCUCAACAACGAAAUCCAUGACAAUUGGUGUUCAGGGAACAUUGAUGAAAGAAUGGUAUUUUGUUUUAUCAUUGUUGAUUGAUAUUCUUAGAUGGGGCAUCUUUGAAUACAUAUUUUUAAUAAUUCCAUGUAUGAAUGCUUUCAUUUCUGUACAUAUAAAAAAGAUGCUCAUUUGUUUAUUUUUUGUAAUACAUAUUUUUGUGAUCAUGAUCUUGUUAUUAUUUAAAUAAUAAUUAUUUAAAUAAAUAGCGAGAAAAACGAAGCAUAAAGACUUUUGUUAUGAUACGUAAUGAUUGUUUUUUUUUGUUUUGUUUUUUGUUGUUGAUGAUCUGAUUAUGUCAUCAUUGACAUGUAUAAAAUUAAAAUAUAUUAUGAGAUAUACAAACAAAAAUUUAGUAUUUCUAGUGAGUGCUUCCUCUUAAGUGCUUUUUUGUUGACUUGCUGUUUCAAUAAUUAUGCAUAAAAAUAAAGAAGUGAAUUAUAAAAUAUGACGUGUAAAAUGCUAUUAAUUGUUUCAAUCUGUGUCAUUUAUUCUCAAUACGACGCAGUUGCAUGUGUAAAUCAUUGGAUAAUGAUAUGAUAGGAGAAGUUGGACUAUGUAUUAUAAAAUUAUCAGAGUUUUAUACUUCAAAGUGUCAAAUUAAAACACUUCGGAUGAUUUUUUUUAACUUUGUUGUUAACUUCUUUCUGUAUUGAUUGUAACGAUUGAAGUCAUGAUCUGUCCAAAGGUCAAUCCUGUCAUGUUUUGUUACAAAUCAGUGACUAAUCAAUCUGUAGGCCUACUGCUGCAUAAUUUGCUGACUGAGAAAAGUUUAAUAAAUAUGAAAAAAUUC